UUCAGUUCUAGCUGUGUGACGAGUUGUAACGGUUGACUUCCUCCAUUAAAAAAUGUGAUAACUUUCCACCAUCUCGCGAUUAAAAUUCCACUCAAAAUGCAUCGUAAGAUCAUAUCUUUACUGCUCUGCUUCGCCGCAAUCGGCAUUCAGCUGGCAUCCUCGCAAAGUUUGUCCAAGUGUUUCUUCCAGAAGACGUGCAUCGAAUGUCUGGACACGGACUACGCGUGCGCCUGGUGCACCGAUGAGUCCUACGGCAUGUACAAAUCGCGCUGCAUGACGCUGGAUGACCUGCGCGCCAACAACUGCAGCGAGAGCGGCAUCGAGACGAACUUCAACUUCAGCAAGCUCGACAUCGUCCAGGACGAUCCUCCGCGGGACUUUGACCGGGAGCGGCUGGAGGCGGUCCAAAUAAGCCCGCAGCGGAUCAAGCUUAAGCUGGGAAAGUUGGAACCGCACAGCUUCAAGUUCACGUACAGACCGGCCAAACACUACCCGUUGGAUCUGUACUACUUGAUGGAUUUGACGUGGUCCAUGAAGGACGAUAGGGACACGUUGGUUAAUAUGGGGGAUCAACUGGCGAAAGCGUUGGCGAACUUGACCGAGAACUACCGGCUGGGGUUCGGCAGCUUCAUCGAUAAGCCGAUCAUGCCUUUUAUGCAGACGGAAGCUCACCGUCAGGCGAAUCCUUGCAUAUCUGAGAGGGAGGUUUGCGAACCAACUUAUGGUUUCAGACAUCGUCUGCAAAUCACCAAGAAUACGGACAAGUUCAUUGAAAAGCUUAAGACAAGCAACGUUUCGGCCAAUUUGGACAACCUGGAGGGCGGUUUGGAUGCGUUGAUGCAGGUGUUGGUGUGUGGGGAUCGCAUUGGCUGGGGUGAGAACACCAGAAAGAUUGUGAUCUUGGCGACGAAUGGAUAUCUGCACAUGGCUGGAGAUGGUCUUCUGGCGGGGAUCACCGAGAGGAAUGACAAGCAGUGCCAUCUGUCACAAGAAGGGGAAUACAUGGGGACGUUACAGUAUGACUACCCGUCUUUGGAAGAGAUCUACCGGGUGCUGGUCAAGUCCAAAACGGCGGUGAUCUUCGCCGUAACGGAUGAACUGCAGGAUUACUACCGUUCGCUGAACGACCUAAUGUCGGAGUUUACCAGCGUCGGUGCACUGCAGGACGAUUCCUCGAACAUUCUCCAGCUUGUCAAUACGGGCUACCGAGAUUUUGUCAGAAAGGUAGAGUUCACAGACGACUCUCCAAGCUACCUUGAGAUAUCGUACAAAACGGACUGUGGUGGAAUGUACACCAAGCCACAGCUGACCUCCAAGUGUGAUAACAUUGAGAUCGGCAAGGAGUACGAAUUCUUCGUUGAGGUUCGCUUGAUCAACUAUCCACCGGAGUCGGUGUCCAACCUUACGGUGAAGAUCGAGGAAACACUGAUCAGCAACGAAGGCGUGGAGCUGAAGAUCGACCUGCGCCAGGCUUGCCAGUGUGAGCUGCAGAACGAACCGGUGACAGGAAGUGAUCUCUGUACUGGAAAUGGUGACUACAGCUGUGGAAUGUGCACGUGCAAGCAUGGAUGGAUCGGCAAGACCUGCGACUGCAACCUGCAGCAGUUCGAGAGCAGCGUCGAUCUGCUGAAUCAGUGUCGUGGCGAGAGUGAGUUCGACGAACUCGGGCCGGUUUGUUCCGACCGCGGCGAGUGCUUCUGCGGACAGUGUCUGUGCAAUCCGGGCUUCGAGGGACAACACUGCGAGUGUUCCGAGUGUACACCGAUUUUCGGACUGAUCUGCAGCGAUCAUGGAGUGUGUGACUGUGGUGCUUGUCAAUGUCACGACGGAUGGUCCGGAGAGGAGUGCGAUUGCUCGACGGAUCAGGGAACCUGUAAGGUACCCCAGAAAGAAGAGCUAUGUUCGGGUCGUGGAGAAUGCGUCUGUGGCAAGUGUACCUGCAGCGAGUCUUACUUUGGACCGUACUGUGAAGCAACAGCCGGAGCAGAAUCCGAGCUAUGCUCGUACUAUGAGGACUGCGCCCGAUGUGCGAUUCACCAAAAGCUGGGAGAACAGUGUGACAAUCUUGAAGCUGAGUGCAAAACGAAGCUGGGGUUGUACAGUGCAGAGUUCUUCGAUACAUUAGAUGAUACCUUAAACUGCACCGCUCGCAUCACCCACAAGGAGCUAACCUGCGAUUUCAAGUACACCUACGCGCUCGAAGAUCACCAAACAAUACUACGAAUCCUCAACACAGACUGCUCCAAACUCAACAUCCGAGCGGCAGGACUCAUCAUCGGAGCGCUAACGCUGCUGCUCGGGUUGAUCGUAAUUGCGCUGUUCAAGAUCAAGCUGAUGAUCGACGAGCACCGCAUGUACAGACAGUUUGAGCGUGAGCAGCAGGACCAGACGGCGUACGAGAUGCAGAGUCCGCUGUACAAAUCGCCCAUUACUAGCUUUACGGUGCCCGAGGAGAUGGCCGACAGUGAGUUGAAGUAGCGCCUUGCGGUAGGCAAUCGUUCAAGCUACAGUGAGACUGUGAUUUGAACGGUUAUUUCAACUUUGAACUAGAGUACAGAGAUCUUAUUGAUAAGGAAAUCAUCAAAACAUACGUGUAAAGACAACCUAAGAAAUAAACAUUGGGCCUCGCAGUGAUUACACCAUGCUACGUGUAACGAUGUA